CUUGAUCUUCCGAAUUUACUCAAGAAUGCAGAUAUCAGAAGAGGUGGAUGGAUGUUUGUCCUCUGCUGCAGUGCGUCUUGGGAUGUGGAUCUGGAGCCCUUCAGGUGGAGUCGUGUCACAGUUGUUUAUUCUGAUAAAAGUCUUUAAAUGCAUCUUACGCCCUGUUGCCUUUUCUUUUCUCCAUGGUAGGACUUCACCUCAGGCUAGCAUGUGGCCAGAGAAAAAGAAAGAGCAGAAGACCCCCUAUACACACACAGACACACACACACACACACACUGACACACAAACAUACACUAACACUAACAUCUCUUAGUGUGCCCGUCUCAAGAUGCAGUGCUCAGUCAGAUGGCAGUGGAGGAGAGACCGGAGUGCAUCAGAAUGGGCGUCCUGCCCCUCCAAAACACAUCUGCUUACUGAGAUUUUGCCACAGGAUACCAGGGAGGAAAAGAGAGCAGCUGAGUAGUGAAAGGAUGUUUUCUCUGUUCUGGAGGAUCCUGCUGGAGCUCUUACUGGUUUGGUGGAUGUUUGAAGGGGUCACAAGGUGUGUGUUUAGUAAGGAGCUGAAAUCUCCCAGCAGCAGGGUGAAGCCCAUGUCACCAUCUGAUUUUCUGGACAAAUUAAUGGGAAAAACAUCUGGAUAUGAUGCUCGGAUCAGGCCCAACUUUAAAGGUCCUCCUGUAAAUGUCACUUGCAACAUUUUUAUCAACAGUUUUGGUUCCAUCACAGAGACCACCAUGGAUUAUCGGCUGAAUGUUUUUCUACGGCAGCAGUGGAAUGACCCACGGCUGGCUUAUAAAGAGUAUCCAGAUGAUUCUCUGGAUCUGGACCCAUCCAUGCUGGACUCCAUCUGGAAGCCAGACUUGUUCUUCGCCAAUGAGAAAGGUGCCAACUUUCACGAGGUCACCACAGACAACAAACUACUGAGGAUUUUCCAGAAUGGAAAUGUGCUUUAUAGCAUCAGACUCACUCUGAUUCUGUCAUGUCCUAUGGAUCUGAAGAAUUUUCCAAUGGACAUACAGAUCUGCACUAUGCAGUUAGAGAGCUUUGGCUACACUAUGAAUGAUCUGAUAUUUCAGUGGUUGGAUGAAGGCCCAGUGCAGGUGGCUGAUGACCUCACGCUGCCCCAGUUUGUCCUGAAAGAGGAGAAAGACCUGGGAUACUGUACAAAACACUACAACACUGGUAAAUUCACCUGUAUAGAGGUAAAAUUUCAUCUAGAGAGGCAGAUGGGCUACUACCUGAUCCAGAUGUACAUUCCCAGCCUCUUAACAGUUAUCUUGUCAUGGGUCUCCUUCUGGAUCAACAUGGAUGCCGCCCCAGCCCGUGUCGGUCUGGGCAUCACUACAGUUCUCACGAUGACAACACAGAGCUCUGGAUCCAGAGCAUCCCUGCCUAAGGUGUCCUAUGUGAAGGCCAUUGACAUCUGGAUGGCAGUGUGCUUGCUGUUUGUCUUUGCUGCUUUGCUGGAGUAUGCAGCAGUUAACUUUGUCUCUCGCCAACACAAAGAAUUCUUCAGACUGAGUCGAAACCUGCGCGAGGAUCAACGCUACAGAGCUGCAUCUGGUCAGGCUGGAGGAGCAGAGAUGAAGAACAAAAGCAACAACAUCACGGGGAAUACGCCACGCAGAAGCACACAACGCCGGUGCAGUGCCUGUGCACGGGAAGAGCAGUUAUCCUCACAGAAUCAGGACUUGUACUUCACAGGAUACGGGAUGGACAGCUGUCUGUCUGGGGAUGGACCUCUCUCUGAGGCUGCUGCCAUGUUCGCGGGCCUGCCGCCCGGCCACAUCCUGUUUGAGAUCCGCCGACGCUUUGUGGAACGAGCAAAGCGGAUCGACACCAUCUCACGAGCCGUCUUCCCUCUCAGCUUCCUCGUUUUCAACGUGUUCUACUGGAUCACGUACAAAGUGCUCAGAAAUGAGGACAUUCACCCUGCCCUGCAACCCUGACUCCCUUGAAGACUUCAGAAUUUCCCAGUAUCCCAUUUUGUAAGCCAGUUUUAAAUCCAGUGUGAGGAUAAGAUUCCGUAUCAAAGACACACAAAAAAAUAAAAAAAGGUUGAUGAAAAGGUGUUCUCUCUGCACCAGUGAACAUAUAUGCAUGCA